AUGGCCUGGCAAUCUCCGGCCAUGUCUGGCAUGGGCAUGCCGGGGCAGAUGGGUGAUGGUUCCAAUGGCGGACACCCGCAGGGGACUGAGUACACGCUACAGGGCGUGAUGCGUUUCCUCCAGACCGAAUGGCACCGACACGAACGCGACCGCAACGCCUGGGAGAUUGAACGCGCCGAGAUGAAGUCUCGCAUCGGCCGGCUGGAGGGAGAGCUACGAACAAGCAAGCGACUGCACGAAUCUUUGGGCAAACAUGUUCGGUUAAUGGAAGGCGCUUUGAAAAAGGAGCGUGAGAAGGUGAAGAAGCUCGCCAACAACGAGAAGCUCGAAGAUAUCCAAGACCCGAAGGAUCUCGCGAGGGAGAGUAUCAGCUUCUUAAAAGCAAAACGAUCUUCACCGUCUGCGGACACGAAUGCCAAUCUGGACGACCCCGAGAACGCCGUUUCCAAUGAAUUCCGCCAAGAAGAUGAGCGAGACAAAUCGCGCGUAUACCUGUCAAGAUGUGCGCAGGAGGUUGCGUACCAUGUGAUUCCUACAUCCCACCCAGCUCCUGACCUCAGCGACCCGGAUCUUUUGUACGGGAACCAGCAGCUCUCACAGCAGAACCUCGAGGAGGCAUACAUUCAACAGCAGCUACAGAAGACAAACCAGCGGCUAGUGCGCGAGGCAGGGCUUCCGAAUCAUCAGCCCUCCCCCGGCCAGUACGCAGAGAACGCUCGGAUGCCAGCCCAGUUUGGACCUGGAUCGGGAUCGGUUCCUCGCGAGGCCCUGGAACGCCGGCAGAUUGACUUGCACACCCCUGUCACUGCAGUUGACAAUCGAAACCAAGUUUACGAACAGGGCCUAGUAGACGAGCGACCCAUGAACCAGCAGCCACCCAUUGAGACACAAGGCCCACAAGUAGCAGUCAAGGAGGAUCUGCAGCCCCAAAACCCCACAGACGAGGGAUGCGAAGAUAUGGAUGGUUGGAAUUUUGACGAACCCAGUGAAAAGGAAACCAUUAACGAGUCCAUACCGCCUCACCGUCCAGACACCGAUGCAUUCCCCAACGCCAACUUUGUUCAUCCCAAGUCACCCUCUCGUGGAGGUUCUCUCUCCCACCGCAGGAAGAGCUCCGGCUCACGGCGCAAGAGUGAUGGUGCGAUUGAAUCGCGGGAUUUCGCUGCUGGUGCCAACCAACAAGACUCCUCUUUCAAGGUUCGAUUUGCUCUUCGUGGCCACCUCGAUGUCAUACGCUCGGUCAUAUUCACUGGCGGUGGCAGUCCGUCGGAGCCGGAAAUCUGCACUUGCAGUGAUGAUGGAACGAUCAAACGUUGGAUUAUCCCCGCAACAUAUGGCACGUUCGGAGCCCAGGGUCCCAGCUCAAGCAACGACCUGGAUAUUGUCAGCUACUUCACCCACCGGGGUCACGUCGGUGCAGUCACAUCAUUAGCCGCUUGCUCGCCAUCUCAAAGCAUUUCCAAUGGUGGACGAGCUUCCGGUGACGGCUGGGUGUUCUCAGGUGGACAGGAUGCUAGCGUACGGGUGUGGGAGCGUGGAAGAGUUGACCCCAAGGCCACCUUGGAUGGACAUACGGACGCUGUAUGGGCUCUCUGUGUGCUUCCGGGCACGACAGGCUCAUCACUCCCCCGCCUCUUGUUUCCUCUCCCCAAGCCGGAUCACGACGUCAAGGUGGCAGCCGUCGUGCGAACUCGAUCUCAUCCGGAUCCAACUUCCCCUCCUCCCCCCCAGCCUAGUGUCGCCACCAGCACUCCAUUCAACUAUACUCUCAUCCAUCAUAUCAUGCGAACCGACGCUCCAUCUCCGACAUGUAUUAGCCCUCUUUCCCUUGCUGGCGUGAACUUUGUGGUUUCCUACACCGAUGCAUCAAUUCUUGUUUAUGACACUCGAACUGGCGAAGAGAUUGUGGGUAUGGCUAGCCUUGAAACAUACGACGGUACACCCUCAACCGGGGUGAACUCCGUGGUUGCUACAACCGUUGGAUUCGACGGGUCGGCCAACCUGGACCCCAAUCGCACCAUGGCUGAAGAAGACGAAGUUGUGCAUGGGGCUACUGGAUCCAGCAGUGUGGAGGGUGUGGUUAUCAGUGGCUACGAGGACCGAUACAUACGCUUUUUCGAUGCCAACAGUGGUCAAUGCACGUACACGAUGCUGGCCCACCCGGCCGCUAUUGCCGCUUUGUCUCUGUCUCCCGAUGGCCGUGAGCUUGUUUCUGCAGGCCAUGACGCCAGUCUCCGUUUCUGGAACCUGGAGAAGCGAAGCUGUACCCAGGAACUGACUAGCCAUCGUUUAAUGCGCGGCGAAGGUGUCUGCGCCGUGGUCUGGAGCCGUGACGGACGCUGGGUCGUCAGUGGCGGCGGAGACGGUGUGGUCAAGGUCUUCUCCCGAUGA